AUGUUGGGCCUUCGAUAUGCUUCGGGUCUCUACGGGACGUGUGAUCUACAAGAUAACAAACGCUCGAAUUUCGAUGUGGGACUGUGGACGUCGAUUGUGGGCAUGCCAUGUGUCUUGGAGAAGGGAGUUGCCCUAAUCGCUGGAUCGGUAGGCAAGGUGCUGAAGGCCACCAUUGCCAGGCUCAAUCUUGUCAACGUGUCUGGUCCUUAUAGGUUGUUCAUUUUGGUAUAA